CUAGGGAGCUCCGAGAGUUGGCGCACGUCAAGGACGAAAUAAAACAAAAGUUACGAAGGCAGAUAAAGAGAGAGAGAGAGAGAGAGAGAGAGAGAGAGGAAAGCGGUAAUAAAUUAUUUCAAGAUUUCUCCACUCCAUACCCACCUCAACGAGCAAGGAAACCCCCAACAAUUUCCACCUGGCUGGCGUUCCCCGGAAAACCGAAUCUCUCUGCUCGGAGCUGACCCCGAACGCUAAAUCUGCUGCGGUUCCGCCUCCGGUCCAGGCUGGGUACGCAUUCUUCCACAAGGAAAGGACGUUACCUGAUGAGAUCUCGACUCAGGAGUGCAGCAUUGCUCCAAGGGUGACAUCUUUUUCGAGUUAGUUGGGGUCUUGGUUUGUGUUUUUGGAGGGAUUCACGGGCGUGUUGUUGCACUGAGGUGGAAUGAGAAGGUGUGAAAUGAAAAGCGUCGUGCUCAAGUUGGUCUGAUGAGCCUUGAAGUGAAUUACAGGACAAAAGAUAGCAUGGGAACUGCGGAUGCCGAAGGGAAUGCAGGGAAGAAGCAAUCAGAUGUAAUUCGGUGGCUGAAUAGUCUGUUCCUGGAUUUUAAUGCGCCGGAAGAUGCCUCGGAUGAGGAACUGAGAGCUAGGCUGUUGGAUGGGACUGUCCUUUGUCGAAUAUUGGGCAGGAUCAAUCCUUUUUUCUCGGAGAGUCCACGAGGUACUUAUGAUCCUUCUGAGAAGAGGUUGAUUACUAUUAAGAAGUUCAUUUCGGUUGUGGAUGAACUGUGUUUGCCUAGUUUCAGAAUUGUGGAUCUAGAGCAGGGAUCUAUUUCUGCGGUUGUGGAGUGUCUUCUGUCCGUCAGAGAUCAUUUGAACUUGGAUAGCAUGGAAGAUGGCCACCCUGACUUGGACAAAUCUGCAAUCCAGCUAAGAAAGAGGUGGAAACUUCCAGAAGAGUCAUCAGCUGCUCUGCUACAUCAUGUUGGACAUAACUUUCAUGAAGUUUUCCAAUUGAGACAGGGGCGUUAUUCUGAUCUUUCAGCUGCUAAAAUUUCAGAAAUGUUGAAAUCGAACUGUUUAGAUAAUGCUCCAACUCGAUCACUUUUAAGCAUUAUUAAUGGGAUCCUUGAUGAAAGUAUUGAGAGGAGGAAUGGGGAGAUACCUCAUCGUGUAGCAUGCUUAUUAAAGAGAGUUGUGCAAGAGAUAGAACGCCGUAUUUCAACUCAAGCUGAUCAUAUAAGAAAUCAAAAUAAUCUCAUUAAGGUCCGUGAAGAGAAAUAUCUAUCAAGAAUCAGGGUGCUAGAAGAAUUAGCAAAAGGGACACAUGAAGAAAACAAGAUAGUCAUGCACCAGCUCCAGCUGACAAAGGCAGAGAAACUGAAGAUUGAAGAAAGGAAAAACAUUGGGGAGAAAGAAGUAUUUAAAUUGAUGAAGGAGAAAGAGGAUAUGGAAAGUAUAAUUGUGGAACUUAAGCAGGAACUUGCGAUGACACACAAGAUGUAUGAAAAUCGCUGUCAAGAAUUGGAGGAGAAGGCAAGGGAAAGUAAAGCACACUUAGUUGAGAAGACAAAGGAAGUUGAAUUCCUUCUAGCAGAUUCAAAGAAGAAGAUAAAAGAACUUGAGGAAAAUUCAAAAUUAAAAUUCAAAAAUUGGGAAAAUAAGGAAAAUAAUUUCAGGAAUUUCAUACACUCUCAGCUGCAAUCCAUGCAGGACUUACGGAAAGCAUCGAUCUCCAUCAAGCAGGAGAUAGUACAUUCUCAAAAGAGAUGUCGAGAAGAAAUGACUAAUUUGGGGCUGAAGUUGAAAGUAUUAGCAGAUGCUGCUGAUAAUUAUCAUAAAGUUCUUGCAGAGAACCAGAGAUUAUAUAAUGAGGUUCAGGAACUGAAAGGAAAUAUUAGAGUGUAUUGCCGCAUAAGACCAUUCCUUCCUGGUCAAAAUCAAAAGUCAACGACGAUAGAUUACAUUGGUGAGAGUGGUGAACUCCUUAUUGUGAAUCCCUCUAAACAAGGGAAGGAUGGACAUCGGAUGUUCAAGUUUAACAAAGUAUUUGAUCUAGCUGCUUCUCAAGCUGAAAUAUUCUCGGAUAUUCAACCUUUAAUACGAUCAGUUCUUGAUGGCUACAACGUAUGUAUUUUUGCAUAUGGUCAAACUGGAUCUGGGAAAACCUAUACAAUGAGUGGACCUAUUUCAGCAUCCGUGGAGGAUUGGGGGGUGAACUAUCGAGCUCUGAGUGACCUUUUUGAGAUAUCUGAAAAUAGGAGAAAUAGUUAUUUCUAUGAAGUGGGUGUCCAGAUGGUUGAAAUAUACAAUGAACAAGUGCGUGAUCUUCUUGUAGAUGAUGGUCCCCAAAAGAGACUUGGGGUCUGGAGUAGUACUCAACCGAAUGGACUUGCUGUGCCUGAUGCUAGUGUGCACCCUGUCAAAUCAACUUCAGAUGUUCUGCAGUUGAUGCAUAUUGGACAAACAAACAGAGCUGUGGGUUCAACUGCUCUCAAUGAGCGAAGUAGUCGAUCUCACAGUAUUCUAACUGUCCAUGUUCGAGGUGUGGAUUUAAAGACUGGAUCAACUUCAAGAGGUUGUCUUCAUUUGAUAGAUCUUGCAGGUAGCGAAAGAGUUGAACGGUCUGAAGCAACUGGAGACAGACUUAAGGAAGCACAGCAUAUUAACAAAUCUCUGUCCGCUCUUGGAGAUGUGAUCUUUGCUUUAGCACAAAAAAAUACUCAUGUUCCUUACAGAAAUAGCAAACUAACUCAAGUUCUUCAAAGUUCUUUAGGUGGACAGGCCAAGACACUUAUGUUUGUCCAAAUUAAUCCAGAUAUUGAAUCGUAUUCAGAGACAAUUAGUACCCUAAAGUUUGCUGAAAGAGUGUCUGGAGUCGAGUUAGGUGCUGCACGUAGUAACAAAGAUGGCAGGGACAUAAAAGAUCUGUUGGAACAGGUGGGAUUUCUUAAAGACACAGUAGCAAGGAAGGAUGAAGAAAUUGAACAACUGCAAAUGGUCAUAGAUCUUAGAACCCAGUCUCCUAUGCUAAAAAAUGAGAGAAAUGCCAUGUUGAUUCACUCUUCCUCUCCUGGUAUUCCAUGUUUGGGUGGAACAACCAGACUAGGCCCUCAAUUGUCCAGUGCGAGGCUAGUGAUAUCUACUGAUAAAGCUCCUUCUGAUCUGGAUAACAGCUUUCAGUUUAGUGAAAACCAUUGCAUGGCUAAUGGAGGGGAUAAAGAUCAGAAAUUGCAAGCUGAUGCUUACCUUGUGGGCUUCAGAGAUGUGGAUUUAGAAGACAAAUUAAGUGAAAUAUCUGACAGUGUGGUUUCAGUGGGCACAGAAACUGAUGGUUCAGUAAGCAGUUCCACUGAGUUUGGUGUUUUUCCUGAAUCUAUCAAAUCAGUGGAAAUGUCGAAAGGGAAGAUACCUAGAGUUCAGUCAAGAAUCUCCAGACCACCUACAAAAACUGGACAAGUGACAUCUACCAAACUGAAAUUGAAAGAACCAUCAAAGUCUGCAAGCACAAGGAAAGCUACCAAUUGCCAGUCAUCAUCUUCCCUGAAGGCUCCAAAACGUUGGCAGUAGAGCAAGUGCUUUUGCUACGUUUGACUUUGCUACUGGUUAUAUGUUUUAAGCAAGCUUUCCACAUAUUAUGACGAGCCUGUAAAUUAUCUUUUAGUGGAAGCAGCAUGUCAUUCAUAUAUGUAACACAUCAUUGCAUAAUUUUCUAAGUAUUGAGAUACUUGGAAGUCAUCAAGUAAAAUCUUAUACUUGAAUUUAACUACUA